AUGAACACUUUGCUGUGUGUUGCGGUUCUGCUAUGUGCGUGUGUGGCAUACGCAUCAGCUCUGCCAGUGGAGGCAGUUGCAGUUAAUAAGGUGCAGUCAAUAUCACCUUCCGAUACUGCUGAAGAAAGUCUAGUACCCGAAGAGAGUCACUGGUUCAGAAGAGGUUAUGGCGGCUACGGAGGCGGCUAUGGUCGUGGUUAUGGCCGAGGCUAUGGCAGAGGCUACGGUGGAGGCUUCGGUGGAGGCUACGGCGGUGGGUAUGGAGGAGGCUUCGGAGGAGGUUUCGGAGGUGGAUUUGGAGGCGGUUUUGGUGGCGGCGGCGGCGGUUGGGGACGCUAA